UCUAUCUCAGUGGGGGUGGGGAAUCUAAGCAGUGCAGGGUCUUAGCAAGAUUCUGGCAGAACCGCUAUGCUUGUCUGCCUCACGCUCGCUACGCCUUCACCCAUACCCCGCAACUCCCCCAUCCACCCGUCACCCCUCCUCACCCCCCACCAGCUACACAGACUCCCCAUCCCUUCCCUGGAGCCGCCCUUGGCACCAGGCCCAGAAACAGGGCUCAGCUGCUUCAGGCCCUCCCUCUGUGAAAACUCACUCUCAGACAAGCAUCCUGUGCCAGGCAGGCCCUGCCACUGUGAUCUGGAGGGAGCGAGAAGCGAAACUCAGGCUGGUAGAACUCCUACCAGCUGUCAGGCAGAGCUGCUUGCUUUUCUCAAAGAGUUAGAGGAAGGUUUCCCCUCAUCCUCUGUCCCCAAAAUAUUAAUCAGAUCCUAAAAGCUUUCCUAUCCUUCUAGAGUUUCCUCUUUGUACACACACACACGCACUAUUUUUACCAAAAUGAGAUGCUGUUACAUGUUCUAUGUGGAUUAUUUCAUUUAAUCCUGGGUUGUUGUUAUCUCUAGUUUGCAUUUCUGGAAAAUGAGGCUCAGAGAGGUUGUGUACUUUUCCUAAGGUCACACAGUUGGUCGAACUGCCUGGCUCCACAGCCUCACUCUCUGCGUUCUGGGCAUCAUCACCUCUGGAUGCAGAAGGCCAGCUUUGUCCCUGUUGCAGGGCGUUUGGGGGCUGCAGAGUAGGCUGGGCUGGAAUUCUGCGCAGAGGCCUGAUCUGCCAUUCCCUUCUGCUGUGCUGUGAGACUCAAGCCCUGGGGUCAAAUUCCAGCCUCACUGUCCUUGUUAAAGCUUUCCAAAAGGGGAUUCUAUUGCCAUUUAAUUGUGUCUCUGCCCUUGAAGCGGGCUCCCAACUGUCUAUAAUGGACAGCUUGACCUUGAAUUUCUCUCUCCGGAAGCCCAAGAGAUAGAGGUUGCCCUGGGAGGUCUGGAACCUGGGCUGCUCCGCAGCGGUGGAACCUUGGCACUUCCUGCCUCCCUCACCUUGAUCUCCACUUUUCUGAAGUUCCUUUCAGCCCUGAGGAAGCGAGACUGGAACCUGACUUCUGAGCGCCGUCAGGAGGACUGGAAGAGAAAGCUGCUGCCUUGGCUGUUGUCGUGGACACCCACCUCCUUCCUGCCUGGCCCACGCGGCCCCCAUCGUCCAGAGUCACCCGAGGUGGUGUGGCGGCGAUGCUGGCGGCCAGGGACGCAGGCCAGGAGGCUGGCCCGAGCGAUCCCGGCAGCAAGGACAGGGACCUGCAGGUGCUGUUCCAGGAACUCUGCCAACUCCAGGCCAAGCAGAGAAAGCUGAAGAGGGAGGUGGAGAAGCACAAGGUUUUUGAAGACUAUCUGAUCAAGGUCCUUGAGAAAAUUCCCAAGGGCUACAACCAAGGGGAGGAGCCGGAAGAAACCCCGGUGGCGGCCAUGGUGGAGCACUACGGGAAGCUCUUCGCAGUCAGCCAGGACAUCCAGAAGCAUCUCCAGGCCUUCCUCGAGAUGAACCAGGCCGUCCACAAGAGCCUGGAGUCUCUAGAGGAGGGCCACAGGGCUCUGAUCCCGCGCCUCAAGAUCCGGCUGUGCCAGCUGCAGAGGAGGUAUCACCGCAAGCAGGAGCAGUGGCAGCAGCUGGAACACGGACUCACCCUCCAGAAAGACGUGGGCAGCUGUGAGGUGGGAAGCAAGAAAGCCGCAGCUAAUGAUGACUCUGAAGACCUGAAGUGCGGGACUCUGGAGCUGCCCCGAAACGAGCUGCUCAACUACGUGCAAGUGGCCAUCAAUGACAUGGUCCGGCAGUGCUGCUCCUCUGCCCACGCUGUGCCCAGGGGCAUGGGCCUCUUCUCCAAGCUUGACCUCAUCCAGGAAUUCAUGUUGGACAAAAUGGAGACUGUGAGAUUCAUCUCACUGCUCACGGGACCCAUCGUGUGCUGGACAGCAAACAACCCCAAGAACCAGGGCCUCAGAAGCUACUCCAGGCCCUUCAGGAAACAUUCAGUGAGUGAAGACUCAACACCCAGGAACCUCUUCCCCAGCACCCAGACUUCAGAGUGCUUCAGCCUAAGCUGAGGCAGCCCGGGGCCUCCAGGCUGCCAGCAUCACGACCAAAUCCCCACCUGCUUGGCCUAUUUUCUUCACCCACUUGGGCUCCUGGGUCGAGGGGGCGGGGCUGGGAG